AUGGAACUGUUUCAGGUCAAGGGCAAGGUCUGCUUGGUGACAGGAGGUGGUAGUGGAAUUGGAUAUGGAAUGGCUUUGGCAUUGGUCAAGCAUGGCGCAAAGGUGUACAUAUGCUCUCGUGAUAUGAAGAAGCUACAAGCAACUGCUGAUGAGCUCACCAAGCGUGGUCCAGGAUCAUGUUACGCCAUCGAAGCCGAUAUCUCCAAACAAGAGAACUGCAAGAAAGUUGCCGAAGCGAUUGCAGCAAAGGAGACACGCUUGGAUGUGUUGGUGAACAAUAGUGGAUGUGUUUGGGGAGAAGCCUUGGAGACAUUCCCAGACAGUGCUUGGGAUAAGGUGAUUGGAUUGAAUGUAAAGGCAGUCUUUAAUAUGACUGUGGCAUGUCUGUCAUUGUUGCGUGCAAAGGCUACAGUCGACGACCCCAGCCACGUCAUUAACAUUGGAUCAAUCGAUGGUAUCCGUGUUCCUGUACUCGAGACCUACUCAUACUCUGCCAGCAAGGCAGCAGUACACCAAUUGACACGUACACUUGCCAAUCGACUGGCGACAGACUAUAUCCUGGUCAAUGCCGUUGCUUGUGGACCAUUCCACAGCAAGAUGACCAAGUCCACAUUCGAACAAUUCCGUGACACCAUUCUCGACGGUGUUGCUCUCGGUCGCUUCGGAGACAACGAUGAUCUCGAAGGUAUGACCAUCUUCCUCAGCUCCCGUGCGAGCAAGUAUGUGACAGGCGCAAUCAUACCCCUUGAAGGUGGUGUCUUAAUCAAGGCGAAUCUCUAA